AUGGUACGUAAGAGCGUAUACGACAUUUAUGCUCCUUGGGAGGAGCGAAAGGAAGAACAUUGGUCGCAUCAAAAGAGGGAUUUGCGCUACCAGACAAUACGGGAGCUCUUGGAUGGCCCACGUCGGCCCGGCCAAAAGUCACGUCCAUCGCAAUCGCGCCGCGACAUCUUGGCCUCUACCACCCUCCUGCGAUCCAGCGUCGCUGUCCUUUGCAAGGAUGAUUUCCACUGCUCGUCGGUAGACAGCAUAGGAGCCUAUGAGGAAUACGGCAGUGAUUUCGCCGUACUCGUCUGGAUAUUCUGCUCCUUCUUUGCCCAGACGGACUGCGUAUGGCCUCUGACUGAGCAGAGACGGUACAGCGGAGGUCAAGGCCUCGACGCCUCAGGAUCUUGCCGCCAAAAUGAAAGAGGCCGCACCACAACAUUUGCCCCAAGAAGUGGCACAUCACCCCGAGCCCUCGACUCAACGUCAUCCGCCUUAAGAAAUCAAACCCUCGCCCAAGCUAACGCAACGGCAUCAGUAGUUUCCUCUCCAAAAGCACGUGCACUUACCGACUCGAAGAUCAUCUGGAUAAACUUACGACGACCCAACAAAAGCGUAUUGGCAAAAUCCAGAGCCGUGCGACAAAUCCUUGGCAGUGACGAAAACUGGCAUUCGACCUCGACCGCUACGCCACCGGGUAAAGAUAAUUCUACAACAACCACUGAGACGGUCCCCGACUGUGCACCAGUGAAGCCCACAAUCUGCGCCAACUGGGCGAACGACAAUGGUCCGGUCCGCCAAAAUGCAUUCGCCUGGAACGCUGCGGAGCAAAGGUGCACGCGGGUGUCCUCCGACGCGUACUGCUUGCGAGGAACGUCAGCCGGGUUCUUCCGCGACGUGAACGAGUGCUCUCUAGCGUGCGGAGACGGUCACGACCGUUCCUGGCGUCCAGGAUCUCCGGAACUGUCCGUGCUCUGUCCGGACGUCGACACGGACGCGGCGGAAUUGCGGCGGUGUAGGGCUGACGACCUGCUUUACCCGUCGUACUUUGAUGGGACUGGCUGCAAGGAGGAGCACCAGAGAGGGCAGUGCCGGUACCACGGCCGGCACGCUAGCUUCGAGACCACCGAGCAGUGCAAGGAAGCCUGUCUGGGCAAGGACAGGACCGACCGCGCCAGUCACUGCAACGCGACCCAGCCUACGUUCGAGUGCCGCGAUGACCUGAAGAAGGUGACGGCCAGAUUCGAUGCCGACGUCGGACGCUGCCACCGUGUUCGGAUAUGCCUCGAUGGCGGCUACGACACGAUCGCAGAGUGCAGCCGCCAUUGCGGCGCCAAAGCCUACGUUACGCGAUAGUGACGCACUGAACAAUGCGUUAACCGUGUUUUCUGCCCGGACAAACUAAGCGCACGCACGAUUCACAUAUAGGUACUACAUUUAGGUGGAUAAUCAAUCACUACCAUUAGCCUUUGUUUCCUGAAAACGUGACAGGAAACCGAAAUUUACUUCAAAGGCAAUGUACUCAUAACUUAGUUUCGCUUGGCUGUACAGUAAAUGACAAAACAUUCUCUGAGCGAACACUUCCGAAAAAGCUUCUUUUUUUGUGUAUAUCUCAGAACUAUUCGAGGUCGAACAAUCCGUAAAAAUACAAGCAGGGUAUCAUAACUAGAGUACUCUUUUGCAAACGAUUGCUUCAUUCCAGGAGAUAAUUCAUGUAUUCUCGGUUGCCACGGAUUUCCCCUUAAACUGUUCUGAAAUAUUGAGAG